AAUCACAACGACAACAAGAACAAGCAUAAUCACAAAUACCAUAGAAAAUGAGGCAAAUUGGACUGGCGCCUAUUAACAUUUCCAUACUACCCAUCACAAAUGGCUCCCAUCAGGCCAUCAAGCGGACAUAACCAAAAUAAAACUCUCUCACUCCCAGAUUUCAACUCACUUUCUCUCUCAUCUCCUCCUCCCUCAAUUUCCUCCUCAUCCGCCAUCUCCGCCAUGGAAGACCUUCCAUUACAGAAGGUAGCAAUCUCAGGUCCAAUCCUUUCUUCUCUCAUCAACCGCUUCUCUUCUUCUCCAUCAAACAUUCAAGGUCUUCUUUUCGGUAAAUUCUCUCUCCACACUCCAUCUUCUCUCUCUGACGAUUCCUUUUCUUGUUCUCCUUCUCCUUCUUCUCUAAUCGUCUCCAUUAAUGGUUUCAUCACUUCUGGAAACUCCUCCAACGAGCUCUCUUCUUUGAUUAGCCGUCAACACCAUCGCCAAGUCAUUGGGUAUUUUUCUGCCCGCCGGAAAUCUCCUCUUCGUCCUUCACUCUGCGAAUUCUCUAUCUCUCGUUCUCUCUUACCCGAUUCUUCUCCACGGAUCUUCCUUCUCUUGACAACGCCGUUGCACUAUUCACAAACCCUAAUUCAUACUCAUGAGUACAAAGUUUUUCAGUUUCGUCAUGAUUCGUUUGAAGCAAUGCCGCUUGAUGUGGUUAACGUUGGCCCUGCAUUUCGAAAUCAUUACAGUGCAUUUUCACCGGAUUCGGAGCUCCCGUGCUUGCCGUGUGAGUUCCGAGGUGGGUCCCCUAUGAGGGAGGAUGGAAAGGAGAGAGAAGAAAUGAAUUCGAAGGAGAUGAAGAGACUUGCGAAAGAUCAGAAAGAUUUGGAUUUGUAUGCAAAAGGUUAUGAGAUAGGGAGUUUAAGUAGGUUGAUGGGAUCAGAUAUUGUGAAUAGUAUGACUGGAGUUGAGGAGUUGUAUGAGAAGAUGCUUGCUAAGCUUGAUUCUCUAGCUAGACAGGUUGAGACCUCUUCUGCUAAGGUUCUUGAGAUGGACAAUCACAACAUGAAGUUAAGGCACAAAGUUGCUGGGAUAGAAUGAUGUAGUUGCGGAUUAAUUGGGGCAAGUUUUUGAUCUGAUUUCAGCUGGAAAGGGCAGCAAUUUUGUAAAUGAGACAGCAGGAUGCUGCUAGUACAAUGUGCAGAGAUUUAGAACUGUGUUGGCAUCAUUCGAUGAAAGAAAACCGAUGUUUUGCUAUUGCAAUUUGAUUGAAGAGCAUAUUCUUACAUAAUCAAAGGAUUCUGGGUAUACAUGUAGUCUUGUCGCAUUUUGGUUGUUUGUGAAUUGUACAGCCGUUCAGUUGUGGAUCAGAUAUCUUAAAUUCUAUGAUUGUAGCGCCCGAUUGAAGCAAACUGUAGCAGAAAUGCAAUAAUUUUAGCUGAAAUGCAAUUUGUAGUAUAUUUAGAAAUCGUAGUAGGAAGUAGAUAAAUCAGGUAGCCAGUGUUGUGUUUCGCAAAAAUAUCAUCAACUUGAACAAUUUGGAGCUUUUUUUCUUUAAAAAACACUACGAAUUUAUUUCACUAACACUAUGUUUAGAUGAAAAGAAAUAAAGGUAAAAAAAGGAAAGAAUUUAGAGAAAUGAGAGAUCCUUUGUUUGAAUAAGGGAUUUGAAGGGAUUAAUUAAAUGAUUUUUAUUAAGAUUUUAAUCUUUUCAAAGUUAAAUAUAUCAAAGGGAAAAUUCUCUCUUUCUUUCUCUUCACUUCUCACCUAAACAAGCAAGAGUUAGUUCCCUUCUAGUUCUUAUAAGAGUUGGUUUUAAUCUUUAGUGUUUACAUACUAAACUUGUAAAAGUUUCUUAUAAGAGACCAUAACUUAGCUCAUCUAUAAAUUAUUGUCGCAAAAUUUCACCACUACACUAC